AUGUCUGGCGCCAGGCACUGGGAACAGGACAAAGAGGCUACAGUGUACAUAGGGAACCUCGAUGAACGGGUUACAGACAGCCUGGUAUGGGAAUUGAUGCUGCAGGCAGGACGCAUCGUUAAUGUUCAUUUGCCCAAAGAUCGAGUUACCCAGACGCACCAAGGCUAUGGAUUCGUCGAGUUUGUUAGUGAGGAAGAUGCGGAAUAUGCUGCAAGGAUCAUGAACCAAGUGCGCCUUUAUGGUAAACCAAUCCGUGUAAACAAGGCCUCUGCGGAUAAACAAAAGGCUGUCGAAGUCGGUGCAGAGCUUUUCGUUGGAAAUCUUGAUCCCAUGGUCACUGAACAAAUGCUUUAUGAAACCUUCAGCAGAUUUGGAACGCUGCUCUCCAUCCCGAAGAUCGCAAGAGAUGAGUCAAACUUAUCGAAAGGUUAUGGCUUUGUGUCAUUCGCAGAUUUCGAGUCUUCGGAUGCUGCAAUAGCGAAUAUGAACGGACAAUACCUCAUGAACAAGGAGAUUUCUGUACAGUAUGCGUACAAGAAGGACGGCAAAGGUGAAAGGCAUGGAGAUCAAGCGGAACGAAUGCUGGCCGCCCAGGCUCGCAAGCACAAUGUCCAGCCACAGGCACAACCGUUGCCUCCACAGUUUGUGAACUCUGGUGCUGCAAUGAUGCCAGGGAACGUGGUCAAUAACGAUGGUACUCGACCCGCAGGGACUUCCGGACCACCGGAUUUUGGUGCAGGAAGGGGCACGGCACCUGCGCCAACUUCGCAGCAACAGCGCCCAGCUCCUCCUCCCCAACCACUUGCAGCACCUCCGCCAGGUCUACCAGCGCGACCUCCUCCAUCUCAGGCUGGAUACGGAGGUCCCCAAGGAUUUCUACCGCCUGGUUUUGGCAACACUGGCCAGCAGCAAAACUUUUCUCAAGCUCCACCGCCACCGGGAUUCGGUCCUCCCGCUGGCUUUGGGAAUCAGAUGAACUCCUCAGCACCUCCGCCACCAUUGCCUCCCGGUUUUCAACAGCAAGGAUAUGGCAGAGGCCGUUGA